AUGCUGCCGCUACCACUGCUCGCCCUCGUGGCGUCAUCCAUCCUACCCAUUGUGAAUGGCCAAAUAUCCAGCAGCUGGCCACAGGCGUACCCUGGCAUGCCGGAUUUAGAAUAUGGACCAGCUUGGCAAAACUACUUCGAGGUGACAGAGCCGCUACCCAACAACGGGCCCAUACACCUCAAUCCAGAUUUCUCCGCAUACGAAAACAACUACAGCUUCAGCAACCUAGCUGACUAUUUCUGGAUAGACCAGCCUGUAGGAACCGGUUGGUCGACAGCCGAUGAUACAGGGUUUGUCUAUGAUGAGGAUCAAGUGGGGACCGACUUUAUGGGCUUCUUGGAGAACCUGGUCAAGGUGUUUCCCAGUCUUGCAACACGACCUCUCUAUUUGACCGGUGAGAGCUAUGCUGGUACAUACAUACCUUAUAUCACCAAGGCAUAUUUCGGCCUCUCUGAUCCUCCAGUGAAUCUGGCGAAGAUUGUGAUCGGCGAUGGUACUGUUGGCUCAGAUGCUGUUUUCCAGUACCUUCCAACGACAACUGUCAUACAGACGUACCCCCAACUCAUUGGUUACGACCCGGAAGUCUUCCAGUGGUUCGUGGAACAAACACACCUCUGCGGCUACGACCUCAAUCUGACGUACCCACAGGAUGGCCACUUCCCAGACCUCCAACUCGUGUACCCCACCGCGCCUGGCCGCGCAUCGCAAGUGUACUUCGCGAGUAAGCAAAAGAGCAAGGCGAUGAUGUCCAAGCGCGAACUGUUGCAGGAGGGUCGGCGGCGCUAUGGUGACGAGAGCGUGCACGCGCGAGGUCGCGCGAAUAUGCAACGCCGGGAGGUGAUGAAGCGCGACUUGGCGGGGCGCGCGAACGGCACGAUCGACCCGUGGUAUGGGUGCUUUAUAUACGACGCGAUGAUCGAAUAUGCGUUGAACUUCACGUAUCCGUGGAUGCUGCAGGUGUAUGACCUCCCCGAUGCGCUCGAUCCGGAGAUUCCGCUGGAUGGCGAUUACUUUUUCAACGGUGUGUUCCUUGCUGGGGCCCUGUUACUACCCAAUGAGCCUGAUAGAGUAUUCAUAGAUCCUCAGACUGUCGCGGCGCUGCAUGCGCCUACAAGCAAGCAAUGGGUUGGCGAGAUGGACUACUAUCCGUUCCUCGGCCGAUGGCAUUCCUCACUGAGCUUGCAACAAACGCUUCCGCGCGGGGUCUUUCCAUCGUCCUGUAUUCAGGAAACGACGACUCGCUCAUCACUCACCGUGGCACAGAAGAAUACUACAUUCGGUGGUAUCCAGGGCUUUACGAAGAAGCCUGCGACACCCUGGUAUGCUGAUGAUGGUAGCUUUGCGGGAAUUGUUCACCAGGAGCGCAACUGGACAUACAUCCUCUUCAAAGGCGCGGGACACCUCGUCGCCCAACAACAACCUGCUAACGCAUACACCUUCCUCCGGGAGUUCGUCCUGGGCAGCAACACCACCGGUCUUGUGAGCGGUUCCAACGGUCAAGUCUCCGUAGUCGGAGGCGAAGUCUCUUCGCUUGCGCAGGAUGUGCUACCAGGGCAAUCCGGGAUCUACGUCGGGUCUGGUGUAACGCAGUCGACGUACACAUUCCCGUCAGCGACCAUUGCAGCAUGGGAGAGCUAUAUUACGACAGCGACGGCGAGCCCAACGAGGUUGGCAGCGCAGGUGCGGUCGACGUCGGGCGCGAAGCCAACUGCACGACCAUUUUUCCAUUUUUGAAACAAUGUUUCGUCGGGAGUUCAUGAUUUUUGGGCUGUAGUAGGUAUUAUCUGGUCGGGAAGUAGCUCUAUCAGUUAUUCCGUGCGAUAGUCCAUGACAAGCACGCGGGAGGUCUGUACACAUA